AUGUUGAUGGCUAAUUUUAAUAGGUAGGGUUAUACUAAAAAAAAGUUUAUGAAAUUGAAGGUUAGAUUCAUACAGUUAAGUUUAUUCAAUACAAUAAAUAAUAUUUGA